UACAGUCAUUAUAUAGGAAUUUUAGCCUAUUGCAUGGUAUCUACCAAAAACACUAAUCACGAUAUUUCGACCUGAAAUUUGGCCACAAGUAGGCCUACUUGUAACUAGAAUGUUCUGCAAAUUUCAGUUCAAAAGAAUGUUCCCUUCAUAAGAUAUUAAGUUUCCCAAAAACCUGACAUUCUCCAAUCUUUUCGUAGAACAUGAAUGAUUUUGUAAAUUCAAUAUCUCAAGAAGGGAACAUUCUUUUGAACUGAAAUGUGCAGAACAUUCUAGUUGCAAGUAGGCCUACUUGUGGGUAAACUUUCAGGUCGAAAUAUCGUGGUUAGUGUUUUUGGUAGAUGCCGUGCAAUAGGCUAAAAUUCCAGUAUAAUGGCUGUAACUCUGGAGGGAAGACCCAUCCGUACAUAGCCUUUUGAGGUUUUUUAUACCUCACCGGGGUCUAUCUAAUACACAUGCUCCGAACUUGAAAGCGGCUUGACAGUACAAACCGUUCCAUUGUGAGUUACGAAGUAAUUUAGCAUCAAAAACUAACCCCACUUAUACGUAUCAAUUACUAACGUAUCCGGCUAGAAAAUAAAAAAGUUAUUAUCUGUUUCAAAAAACAAUAUUAAAUACAAACUAAAUGACAACCGCAAUUAUGAGUAAAAGUAUCAGAAAAGUUUCCAACAACCGAAGAAAAUAUCAUCCGUUCCACUCUUGUUUAUAGCAUUUAAGGGGUCAUCAUAGUGGGAAAUUCAAAUUCGUUUUUUGCUUCCAUGCAUACAUGAAGGAAGAAAGAAAGUAGAAGCAUGGAAAAAAGAAUUUCUGGUUGAAGAUUAAUAACGUUGAACUGGAAAAAAUGAAACGGCAAAUGACUCAUUAUCCAUCAGUAGUGAUGAGAACCCAUAUAAAUCUGCACAGCGUGAGAACAGCACAGUACAUCAAUAACUGGUGCUAUAACUUUUUCAGUGAUGUAUUUUAUUUUGAAAUAAAGUUAUUCAAGUGAUGAAACACUAAACAUACUUGAAGAUCUUCUGCACCUUUUUCAGACAAGAAAUAUUACUAGUCAAUCACUUAGUCUGGAUCAAUAGUUCAAAGUGUCUUCUUUAAACUCAGAAUUAGGCAAUCUCUUAAUUUUUCGUAGUUUAGACGUGACACCGAAUAGUAGAGCAGAACCUGCUCUACACUGUUAAAAAUUUGUGUUCUUCAAAAAACAAAAAAAAUGAUCUUCAUUUGUCCCCUAUGGAAAUCAUAUAUAUGUUCUCCAAAGAUGUACACAACAAGAAUCUUCAGUUUUCUGAAGAACAAAAUCUAUGUUCUUUAGUUUUCUUAAUCUUUAUAGGAAACAACUUGUUCUUCAGAGAACAGGCUUUUCAUCAACUUCUAAAAAACUGAAGGAUAAGUUUUGUGUUCUCUGAAGAACAGCCGAUGAAGAUCACACUUUCUGAAGAACAAAACUGUUGUUCUUCAGAUUUUUGAUCUCUACAGCUAAAUUUUGACACCUCGAAAUAAUAGCAAGCGCUAUCAUCGAUCCAAAAGAAAAAAGAAGGAUACCUUUCUUUUGGAUCGACGAUAGCGCUUGCUAUUACUUUGAGGUGUCCAAAUUUCGUUGAAUGCGCUCAAUCACAAACAAAGAACACGAACGUAAUCAAAAAUACGAAUGAAUAGAGAAAAUGCAUUGAACAAAGAGAAAAAACAAAAAGAGAAUCAUCGAUCCAAAAGAAACAAGAAGAACAUCUGUCUCUCAGCUGAAACUAUUUAAACAAUGUAAGAGUGUUAUUGUUUACCAGUAUUUUGUCACUCGCUCUUAUCAACAUCAAAAACCAGGUAAGUGAAUAACGCAGCUGCUAUUCUGCCCAUAAAGGCUACAAAUUCUAUUGUCUAUUAAUUUUAGUAUUAGUUCAAGUGAUAAGUCAUCCAAAGCGGUUGGUAGUGGUGUCCGAGAUAGUGGUAAUCAGAAUAGUAUUGAUCGGGGUACUGGUGAUCGACGUGGUGACAAAGCGGUUGAAAUCGAAAAAGAUGCGCCUGAGUUACAGGAAACACCAGAAGAGGAAAAAACAAGUGCUACUGAGAUCUCCGUUGGGGCGCCCCACGAUGGAUCUCCAACGCAAUCUGUUAGUGGCGCCUUCACGGAGAUCUCAGUAGCUGCGCUUGAGCAUAACAAAGAAUUAUGGGGAAAUGAAAUGUUAUUUGAAGCUUAUUUAAAUCUAAAAUUUUCAUCCAAUGAAUUUCAGUUCGAAUUUUGA